AUGUCUGCUGAAGCGUUAAAAAGCGGCGGUGGCAGCAGCAGCAGCAGCAACAGCAACAGCCAGGACCGAAGUACCUCAGCAGCACAGAGGAUCCUAAAUGAGAUUGAAGCAAACCUGCUAGAAUGUAAAGUAUGCUUUGAGAAAUACUGCCAACAUCCGAGAGAGCGAAGGCCAAGGACUCUACCCUGCGGUCACGUGAUGUGUUACGAAUGUGCCUUGAGUGUCACGCAUGCCCAUUAUCUGCGGCUGGAGUGCCCGUUUUGCCGCCGGCUGUGCAGCGUCUCUGAAAUGGCCGACUGCAUGCCCCUGAUGCACCUUGAGGAGAUUGUGUGGAGAGCCCCUAACCCAACUCUGACGUGGCCUCCAGGUGGCUGGAGGACCAGAAAGUCGGCUGUGCCAGCUGUCGUGAAGCUCUCUGAUGCCUUUGGAGGCUGGGGCCAGUUAAUCAACCCUACUGGAGUGGCAUUCUUCAAAAAGUCUGGAGUGGUAAUGGUGGUACACGAUGGUAAAAAGCGUAUGGCAAUUUUCAGUCCCAAAGGGAAGUACUUACAUGGUUUCGGCUCUAAAGGGUGUAUCUGCUACCCGCUGGGUGUCACGGUGACUCGGGAUGGGUACAUUAUAAUCACAGAUGCUGGUGACGUUUCCGUUAAAGUUUUUAGCUCCCGUGGAAGGAAUACUUUGACUGUCAAAAAUUCUUUUUUGUUGCCUUGGGGCAUACAGACAGAUGGCCAAAACCGCAUCUUAGUGACGGACGCUCAGGCUGGAACACUCACUCGACUAGAAGUUGAUUUUUUGAAGGCUGUCUUACUCAGAAGCCAGAUACUGUCCACUUCCUUGUCCUCUCCAAGGGAAAUAGCUGUUUCUGAGACAACUGGAUUUGUUAUAGUUGUGGAACACCUGAAGGAGAGUGGAGAUCGGAGCUUCUCCAAAACGCGGCUCAAACUGUUUAAUAAUAAGAUGCAAGUCGUCCACCAGAUCGAUAGCUUCGGAUCCAGUCUUUUUGCACCAUUCCACCUGUGUGUGUCUGCUGUGGCUUUUGACAAAGAUGACAAUGUCUUUGUGGCAGAUUCAUCACUAAAGGCUUUGCUCUGCUUGGGAAAAUUGAAGGAAUUCCCUAAUUUUCGCAUGGUGUUAAGUCACGGACUUUUGCGUCCUGUGGCCCUAGCCUGUGGGGCAGAUAAUUCAUUGAUUGUAUUAGACAGCGGAGAUCACUUUGUGAAAAUAUAUCGUGUUUGCUGA